AGAAACCUCAAUAUUCCUUUCUAAGAUUAAGGUCUCCCCCUCUUAAAUUCCCCUAUGAAAUGCAAUUAGAGGGAGGAUGAAUCAAACAUUCCUAGAAUGUCUCUUCCAAAUUUUCUGAAUUUCAACAUUAAGUCCCCUCUUUACUGUCCCAAACCCUCUGAGGCAUUCAACCUUCAUGCUGCUCCUUCAAACUUGUUUCUUUCAAGUUCUAAACACUUUGAAUGCCCUUCUUCUCUCUUCCCUCCACCAAACCAGAGUGUUGCAGCCAUUGUGUUUGGAGAUGGAUCCCAUUCGCAGCUGUAUCCCCUCACAAAGCGGAGAUCAGAAGCUGCGCUGCCCAUUGCAGGGAAUUACAGGCUUGUCGACGCUGUUGUGAGCAACUGCAUUAACAGUAACAUAACCAAGAUAUAUGCACUCACACAAUUUAACUCCACUUCUUUGAAUUCCCACCUUUCAAGAGCUUAUUCUAGUGCGCGAUUUGGGAAAGAUGGCGGCUUUGUUGAAGUCGUUGCAGCUUACCAGAGCCCCGAAGGCAAGGGCUGGUUUCAGGGAACUGCUGAUGCUAUAAGAAGAUGUUUGUGGAUACUAGAAGAGUAUCCGUUUUUCGAGCUUCUGGUUCUUCCUGGCUACCAUCUUUACAAAAUGGAUUACCAGAAACUGAUUGAGGUUCACAGAAACAACAAUGCUGAUAUCACAGUUGCUGUCUCUAGUAAUACUAGCAGGCAUGAUGAUGAAGAUUCAGGGUUUGGAUUUUUCCAUGUAAAUUCCGAAAACAAAGUCACAAGCUUUAAUGAGAAACCAGAAAUCCCUGCAGCAGAAACCUCUGUGAAGAUCAAUGGUAUAGGUAACGAUAGCUUCCCGAGCAUGGGAAUCUAUGUGGUUAGCAGAGAUGCCAUGAUAAAGCUGCUCACAGAACAUUUCCCUUUGGCCAAUGACUUAAGAAGUGAGAUCAUACCAGGUGCAAUUUCCUUGGAAAUGAAGGUUUAUGCAUAUAAAUUUGAUGGAUAUUGGGAAGACAUGAGGAAUAUUGAAGCAUACUACCGGUCGAAUAUGGAGAGCACAAAAAAAACCAACAAUGCAUACAACAGCUUCUACGACAGAUAUUCUCCGCUUUACACUUUACCUCGCCAUCUCCCUCCAAGCCUCAUAACCGAUGCUGUCAUCACCGACUCUGCCAUUGGCGACGGUUGCAUUCUCAAUAGGUGCAGGAUCAAAAACACAGUGGUUGGCAUGAGGACAAGGGUGGGAGAAGGGGCAGUGAUUGAGGAUUCGGUUGUUUUGGGUUCAGACAACUAUGAGAGCAUUUCGACAGAAGAGGAGACUAUUCGCACCCCUCUUGGAAUCGGAGAAGGCUCCCACAUAAAGAAAGCCAUAAUCGAUAAGAAUGCAAGGAUUGGCAAGAAUGUUAAGAUAUUGAAUAGGGACAAUGUGCAGGAAGGAAACAAUGAAGCAGCUGGGUACAUUGUUAGCAGAGGGAUAGUUGUGAUCCUCAGGAGUGCAGUAAUCCCAGAUGGGAGCAUUGUGUGAGUGACAGACACAUCCAAUAAAACAAAACUGAUGAGGAUUGAUUAUUGUUGUUGGGAUCAACUAACGAAAACCGCAAAUGAAGCUGCCAAUGUGCUGUCAUGCCCAAAUUUUGGCAGAGAUCCUUCUCUUCAAGCUAAGGAUGAUCAGAUCAACAUUCAACACACAUUUCAUGCAUCAAGAUCCCAGUUUGUCUGGGAAACAAAAAACAAAAAACAAAAAACAAAAAACGAAAAACAAAAAACAGUAGGGAGUUCAGGUUUAAUGUUCUGCCUUCAAUUCUUUUAUUUGAGUUCAAUGUCAAAUUCUGAAAACAAGCACAUUUCAGUAA